AUGAAUGAGAACAUCGGUCGUGGUCUCGGUGAAACCGAGGAUGCAUUGCGACUGGUGGAGAGGCUCGGAGACUCUCUAUAUCUGCAUGGCAAUCCGUGGAUCAUGCCGCCCGAGGGUGUGGUGGAGGCGGGAUUGACUGCCGUCAAGAGAUACCUCGUGGACGUUCGAGAGGCCAAGAAGGCCGGGGCUGAUGUCACGUCCCUCCAGCUUCUUAAGGUGGUCUUGGUUGGCUCGGCUUCGGCUGGAAAGACUAGUUUGAUGCACAGCAUCAUCGCGGGCCGUGGCUCCCCGACGGAGGGGACGCCAGCGCAGGCGAGUACCGUGGGGAUGGAGCUGCGCCCUUGUCAGCUCCAGGACACAAAAGUUGAGUUCUUCGACUGCGCUGGACAGGUCGACUACGCCGGAAUGCACCAGACAUUUCUCACACGACGGGCUCUGUACCUGCUGGUGGUGGAUAUCACGAAGUACCACGGUGUGGACGACCUCGACAAGGCCAUCCACGACGACAUCAUGCGGUGGCUGUACUACCUCUACCUUCGGGCGCCAGGGUCCACCGUGGUCCUGGUCGCCAACAAGUGCGACGGCUCGAUCGACAAAUUCGCAGAGACUGCCGAGAGGAUCCAACGACGUGUACGCGAGCUGGUGGCCGUAUGGCACGAGGCCCGCGGUCUUCGUGGCCGGAGUAAAGGUCAUGUGACGGACUUGACUCUUCUUCCAGGCAUGAGCCGCGUAAGCUGCCAGGAGAAGGGCUCCCCGGAGGCUUCGGGUCUCCCCGCGCUGAUUGCUCUGAUCUCACGCCAGGCUGCGACGGCUAUCCACGUGCCGCCCGCCUGGGACCUUGCCCUCGAAGUGAUUGGCGCCCUGAGGGCUAGCUGCAAUCCGAUUGCGGCUGCCCGGGACAAGCUCGGUUUGCCCAACCCGCUCCCAGCCGACGGCGUGGCGGAUGUGCACGCCUUCGCUUUCAUCUCGAAGGACGAGCUUUCGCGCAAGUGGAGAAGCGUCGUGGACAACCUCCGAGAUGAUGUACCGGCGGCGAUGAUUUCCAACUGGGAAAGCGCUCUGGAGGGUGCGCUAUGGAUCAGUGAUUUUGCCGGCCACACGCUCCGUGUUGAUGGUGGCGACGGUAUCUUCCUGGACGUGUUGUGGCUCUCGAAGUGCUUGAGUCCUAUCCUCAGCCACAAGCUCAAGAAUCAACCCUUCGAAAACCGUUGGCUCUGGAUGAGAGACGACCUAGCCGGCGACGGGAUUCUACGGCGGGAGUUUGCCUUGCAUAUCUGGAGGGAAAGUGUCGGUGAAGUAGUGAUGGAGUCGGAGGAGGUCGCGGAGGCUCUUUUUAGCGUCCUUAUUAAGUUGGGUGUGGCUCUUCCCAUGGGGCGUAGAACACUUUUAGCCCACUCCGAUCGCAGUACGCCCACAGCCCCCAGUGACGUCAGCGGCUCGAAUGACAUGCUUGUGAUCAUGCGACUAUCAGAGACGUGCAACGAGCACCAGCGAACGCUGUUCGACGGCCUUGCCUCUAAGAUGCCGCGUGACCGGGUGACACUCAAGUGGGAAUUCGACAAAGCGGGACCUCCGUAUGGGUUAAUAGAGCGGUUGAUAGCAUCUUGCCAUGUCCUUGGCGAGGUGGAGACGGGAGCGUGUUGGCGAUACGGCGCCGUGUUCCAGAGUCAUGAUAUGAGGUUUGUCGAAGGAAGGAACGUUCGGUUUUACAAGAUCGCUCUCAGCAUGACGAGCUACAACGAGUCGGAGCGGGUGUUCACGGCGAAGGUGUUCGGGCCGCUUGACAGUGAGAGGGUGUGGGUGGCUAUCCGCUACGUGGCGUCGGCAAUGAUCAACUUGUCCAAGGAGUGGCCUGGAGUGCUGUGGACAGGAUGGCUAGAUUGUGAGAAGCAUCCAUCGCAGCACCUUUACAUGGCGUCAUCGGUUGAGGCAAGGGUCGGUGACCCCCUUCUUCCCGCAGCAGCUCCGGAUGCUCGAAGGUGCGACUGCCUGUUGGAACCGGGUGGGGUGCUCAGGCUGGCUGUCGAGGAGCUUGGCCCCGUCAUUGAUACCGGAAAAGAUCCGUUCGAAGGCCUAUCAGAUGAGGACACGGAGGACCCGGAGGAGACUGUUACAUGCAACUGUGUGCGCGAGGCAUUCGGUCACUGGCUACCGCACGCUUGGAGAACUGCCAAAUGGCUUUUUGGGCUUGCCGUGGUGCUCUUCACCACAGCUGUCGUCGCAGGCAUCGUGGAAGACAAGGAAACCCUCUGGAAGAGUUCGUUAGGGGUCUGUUGUGUUUUGAUGGUGUUUUCUGUAGUGGCUUCAGUUUUCGCGUACUGCGGGGAUCGUGAACAGGGACAGAGUGGGGGACAACAUGGAACGCCCGAGGACGUCGUUGCGGCCUUUGCAUGACAUGAAAAAGCCCUCCGAGAACAUGGUUCAGAGCUCAGCAAACCUGGUGAAACGGGUGUAGUAUCGGACGAAUCUUUGGCAUGUUCGGAGGCAUGCGAAGGCAUGAGUGUGUAAGGAUGAGUGCGGAGUAGCACAUUCGGAGGGAAGGACGUUGCCGUGCAUGCCUUGUCCGCCUUGGGAAGAGAUGGGGCUUUUGGGGUUGGUAGCCUUGCUGCGCCCGACGGGGUUGUCUUCUUUUGUGUGUCCUGCGGUAGAUGGGAGUGUGUAUGACGGUAGGCUUAAUGACGUGAGUUUGUAACAUAUGGCAUUGGCGUCCAAGCAAGCACGGGGGUGUGAAACAAGUAUGUGUGGGUAGUAUUGUCCUGCGGGUCACCCUGAAAAAAUAUGCCACUCUAGAAAAUAUUGUUUACAUGAC